AUGGGUCAGCUAUGUGGACGAUGCAUGCAGCUCCUGCGGGACUUCAUAGGCUUUGUUCAGAGGAUGUCCUCUGACUUGGUGCAAGGCAUCAAGGAAUGCUUAACUCUGAUAAGCAAUUGUUCCUGCUUAAAACAGAACAGCUCUAAAAACAGGCAGCUGUACAAGCCCAUCCUACAGCCUCAUGAGAGAGUGACUGCACAGGAGUUUCUUCAGCAUAUUGAAACAGAUUUUGAAAUGUCUCCACUGGGAAAGGACCCUCUGGAAGCCUUGAGGACCUUAUCCUUUUCGGAAAACCCAGGUUUACAGCAGUCGGCUGCCCUCUAUUACUUGCAUAUGAGUCAGCACAUGAACAUCCCCCUGCCUGUGGAACAUCUGGAACCCUUCUAUGCCUUACUACGUUCUGCUGACCUGGAAGUGCAGCAGAUGUCUUCCUUGUCCCUUGUCAACUUCCUGCUGGAAGAAAAUAUUGACAAAGAAUUAGUUGUCCAAAUGGGUUUACUUGAGCCAAUUCUGGAUCUGCUUGAAUCGGAGGAUCCCACUGUCCAGUGUAAUUCCUGUGCCUGCAUCAUGACUUUGGCUGUUUCAGAGUCCAACCGAGAGGCUAUUGGUGCUGCUAGAGGAGUUACACCCCUACUGUCUCUUGCCAAUUCCUAUGAUCCCAGAGUCCAGCAAAAUGCAGUUGGUGCUAUUCUGAACCUCACACAAUCAGAGAAAAUCCAACAAGUCCUUUGCAAGGAAGGAGCCCUACCAGUUCUUGCCUUGCUGCUGGAAUCUCCUGACUCAGAAGUCCAGUACUACAGCUGUGCUGCCCUGAGCAACAUGGCAGCCAAUGUUCAGCACCACAAAGCCUUGCUGAGACCCAGUGACAGAUUCCUGCUGUGGACACUGAUCUCUCUCCUAUCCUCUUCUGUGGACAAGGUUUCAAGCCAGGCAUGUGUUUGCCUAAGAAAUUUGGCUACCAGUGUGGACAUCCAGGCUGAGAUGGUUGUUGAGAACGUCCUGCCCCAGCUGUGCUCUCUCCUGGCCUCUGGAAGCGAGGACGUGCGUCGUGCCUCCAUCGCUCUGCUCUGGAUACUCUCCCAGCACCCGCCCAACCAGGACACUCUGGCAUGUGCUGAGCUCCUGCAGAGCCUGGGGAUGUUACUGGCAGCACAUAAAACAGACCCUGUGAUUGUUGGACAUACUGCUUGCAUCAUCAAAAACCUGUGCCUUUCCAAAAACAGACAGAGAAUCACUGAGAGCCGCUGUGUCGAAGGUCUCCUCCAGACCAUGCUUUUGACCGACACUCAGGAAGACUCCCUUCAUUACGUGACAUCCUGCCUUGCUGAGCUAGCAAAGCAAGAAGGAGCCAUGUUACACAUGGUCCAGUGGAUGGAUGAACCUUUGACAAGGUGCUUGGUGAGACUGGCUGGCCAACUGGAACAUCCUGAGCCAUCCUUUCAUGCUGCCUCCAUCAUCCAGCACAUGAUCAGUCACGAAAAAAUGAUGCUUUUGUGGAAGUAUCACAUUGAAGAGAUUCAAGCCUACCUCAAGAAUUUUCUUACCCACCAAGAGGUCCGUUUUCAGCAGCUGGGCAUCUCCACACUCUGCGGACUACGAGCAGAUCCAGACUUUUCAUUAGCAUUCAGAAAAAGCCAAAUGGCUGAACUCCUUGAGCAAAUCCGUCAGCAAACAGAAGAAACUCAAGAGCUCCUUAGGGCAGCUAUGUGCCACGAAGACAGUUAAUAUUUAAGCCAAAUGGUCUAUGAAAACUUACCAGAUCCAAUGGCCUGAACUUUCAGAGGAAACAACUCUUUUCCUUGGUUCCUGUAAUUUUCCUGCUACUUGCAGU